GGUGCCGGGCGGAGCUGGGCAGUAUCCUGCUGCUGCUGGUGCUGUACGUGCUGCAGGGCAUCCCGCUGGGGCUGGCGGGCAGCGUCCCCCUCAUCCUGCAGAGCAAGAGCGCCAGCUACACCGACCAGGCCUUCUUCAGCUUCGUCUUCUGGCCCUUCAGCCUCAAGCUGCUCUGGGCCCCCUUGGUGGACGCCGUCUACCUGCGGGGUUUCGGCCGCCGCAAGUCCUGGCUGGUGCCCACGCAGUACGUCCUGGGGCUCUUCAUGAUCUACAUGUCCACCCAGGUGGACGUGCUGCUGGGCGACGGGGAGGGCCGGGGCCCCGACGUGGUGGCCCUCACUGUGACUUUCUUCCUCUUCGAGUUCCUGGCGGCAACGCAGGACAUUGCGGUGGACGGCUGGGCCCUCACCAUGCUGUCCAGGGAGAACGUGGGCUACGCCUCCACCUGCAACUCCGUGGGCCAGACGGCCGGCUACUUUCUGGGCAACGUUCUCUUUCUGGCCCUCGAGUCGGCCUCCUUCUGCAACAAGUACCUGCGAUUCCAGCCCCAGCCCCGAGGGAUUGUUACCCUCUCAGAUUUUCUGUUUUUCUGGGGAGCUGUCUUUUUAAUUACCACUACACUGGUUGCCCUUUUGAAGAAGGAAAACAAGGAACUAACUCCAACAAAAGAGGAAACUAAAGGCAUCACGGAUACAUACAGGCUGCUAUUUUCAAUAAUCAAGAUGCCGGCAGUUCUUACUUUCUGUCUCUUGAUUCUCACAGCAAAAGUUGGAUUUUCAGCAGCAGAUGCAGUGACAGGACUCAAACUGGUGGAAGAGGGAGUCCCGAAAGAGCACUUAGCUCUGCUGGCAGUUCCGAUGGUUCCUUUACAGAUAAUACUGCCGCUGAUUAUCAGCAAAUACACAGCAGGCCCCAAGCCACUGAACACGUUUUACAAAGCUAUGCCCUUCAGACUACUACUUGGUCUGGAAUUUGCUUUUUUGGUGUGGUGGACUCCUCAAGUGAAACACGAAGGAGGAUUUCCUGUCUACUACUAUGUUGUAGUAUUGUUGAGUUAUGGUUUACACCAGAUCACGCUGUAUAGCAUGUAUGUUGCAAUAAUGGCUUUCAACGCCAAAGUCAGCGAUCCGCUGAUUGGAGGGACCUACAUGACGCUCCUGAACACGGUGUCAAAUCUGGGAGGGAACUGGCCUUCCACCGUGGCACUCUGGCUUGUGGACCCGCUCACGGUGAAAGAGUGCGCGGGGGCCCGGGAACAGACCUGUGCAACUACAGUCGCUGCAGAACUCUGCACAAAAGCUGGCGGUUCCUGUGUGACUACCCUGGAUGGUUACUACGUGGAAUCUGUCGUCUGCGUCAUUCUGGGAUUUGGCUGGUGGUUCCUACUUGGGCCAAAACUUAAAAAGCUGCAGGAGGAAGGACAGUCUUCCUGGAAGUGCAAGAGGACCAAUUGAUGCAGUUUAAACACUGGAUGGACUAGCAAGGUUGUUUUAGUUUUAUUACAGAGACAUAUCCCAUAAUCAAUAAACAGGAAAAUAAGUAUUUUUAAAUGCCACAACACUGAAAACAAGGGUGGCUGAGACAGUGGUAUGUUUGUAUGUGAUACCACUUGCCCUCCCAAGAUGAAAACCUAAGUUCAGAAAGUAAUUGUUAAAAACUAGCACCUAUGUACUCCAUUCGUAUCCCCAGCUCUAGCUUCAGAGUUAUGGCUGCUGGUGUAACCCCCGUCUGAAUUUCCAUACAGGAGCUAUGGAAGAGCUGCUGGUGCCAUGUCUGCCCAAACAGCAGCAUGGCCAGCCAAGCUCCAGCUCUUUCUUUUCAAACAGAAAUGAUCUGACGUGGGGAGGUGACCCGGAGAAGGGUGUCAGAGGCCUUUUGACUUGUAGGUUAAGUGUGUUGUACUGUGGAAUUCCUUGUGGGAAGAGAAACGUAAGAUGUCUGUGGGCUUUGUUCCUUCUUGCUUUCUGAACUGUAACCACACUUCAAAGGAUGAGAUGUUUCAGAGUUUCUUUUAACUGUAUUUUCUGGCUUUUAUAAGCUUUAAAGAUUUAUAAGAAAAUAUUUUUAUAAACAAAUUACCUUUGUUUAAUUUAUUUCUGCUGUUUCAAAGCAUUUUGAUUUACAUUCAAGGUACUUUUCUUGAUGAAAAAUGUUGUAAGGUAGGACUUGAGUAACGCACAAUACUCCACACCCCAAGUCCUGAAGAGGCAACCUGGCUAGUGUGGUGGCUAGCACACAGCAGGUGGGCUUCAGCGGGCAGGCACGCAGGCCUUUGGAAGGGGUUGGUGCUCUGAGAGAAUGAACUGAUAGUGUUGGUUCCUCUUGGUCGCUAAAAUUCAAACCUCAGUGGGAAAAAUGUGACUUUCCCCAGCUAGGGGUAAGAGAAGGCGACUGGGGCCUUUGGGAGUGAUUCGGUGGUGACAAACUUGCCAAAUUCCCAGCGAGUUGCUGUACGACUUGCUGUCACAGAAAUCAAACGAGCUACAUCCUGUGGUAGAGCUGCUACAGAAAUUUAUUACUGAUGCUGUGUAGUGGAAACAUUCCCGUUGCAUUUAUUAAAAAUGACUUCCCUCCUGAGUGCCUUAGUGGUGUCCAGCCAGCACAGCGUGCGCCGAGAGAGGGCACUUGGACGUUGUUGGAUGUAUACGGUACAUCAUUAUCAAAAAACUAUUAAAAAUACCUUUGAAAGGUACAUGAUUUCUUUUUCCAUUCUGUGGUUCUUGCCUUGUCAAUAUUUAAGUUCUGCACCCUGAGUUUGGGGUUCUAAACUCCGGAGGGGCUUGUGGAUCUUUUGUUGCUCUCUGUUUCAGGAAAAAAGUAACUGAGUGCUGAGAUUUGGAGGGGCCACGGAGGGUGUGCACAAAGCAUCUGCGUGGCACGAGGAGUCUGAAGGCGUCCGGACGAGGACAGCGUGACCAGAUGCUUCCCUGGGGACUGACUCCUGCUCCUCUGUCCCUUCCCCUCUCCCUCCUCCGCAGCCGCCCCCCGAGCUCUCCCCGGCUGGGGGCUGUGCUCUCCCCCCCAGCACCUUCUCUCCAGUUGUUUCGAGUGCAGCAGAAUCAGUCAGGCUAAAUGAAACCACGUUGGGUUUACUGCCCAAACUAAAAAUCUUACAGUGUCACCUCUGCAUAUGCACUAAAAGGAUGUCUCACUGGUCUGUAGUCAGAGGUGGGUGCAUCUCAGAUCCCCCCCGACUCACUCUGCAGCCCCUUCAGUUCCCUGUCUUUACUGGAACAACGAGCCACUUCCUUUAAUUGCAUCGUGUCUGGACUCAGAGAUAUUUUUUUUAUUUUUUCUGACUUUCAGGAAAUGGGAAAUGAAAUCCACAGGUGUUUCAGAGUUGGCUUUUUACCUUUCAGUGUUGUUUCACUAUUUCUGAAGGUGCCAGUGAAACUUGAUCUUAAUAAAGACGGGUGGAGGAUUGCUUAUCUGUAUGACAACAUCCAAAUUAGACAUAAACUCCAAAUCCAUGGGAAUAGAUAUGAAAUGUGGCCUAUAUUAACUAUCUCCUCUUUCACACUAGAGAAACAACUGCUGGGUUAGAUUUUUUUUUUUUUAAUCUGUGUUGCUAUUUUGUAACACAAGUCAGAAAUGUUGAUUAGCAGGUUGAUGAAAUGACCCAGUAAACUUUUGGUCUUCCUACUUUUUUUUCCUCCCAAGCCUAUCUUAAAG